AUGCUGUCCAUCAGAGGGCAAGGCCAGGAGAACCUGGUUCACGCGCACCAGACGGCCGCGGCCUCUAAGCCAUUGAACCAAGGAGCGCGCCACCUACCGCCGAAGACCCCGUUGAACACGCUCCCAAAGACGCCGUUUAGAGUACCGCUUCACGAUGAGAAUAGACCGCUUACACUGGGGAAGGGGAUGGGGGCGGGGAUUGGCAAGGCGAUGCUGAAGGGUCGUGACGAAAAUGCGGUGCUGCAGGGCAAAGGAAAGGGCACGGAGAAGAAAGUGUUGGCUACACCGAUGGGUACAACACGAGCGCCACUUGGGAUGAAGACGACCAAUGCAAAGGCGCGGGCAUUCCAGACUCCAGCUCCUACGCUGCCGAUGGGAACGAUCAAGCAGAGGAGUGCUAAACGGGGAUCAACUCGCAAGAUCAAAAAGGCCGCACCCGUACCCGUGCAGACUACGCAGGAAGUGGCCGUGCCGGUGGAAGAUGAGCAGGAGCUAGAGAUUGAAUAUAUGCCCCCAAAGCCGAAGCCCCUUCCUGACCAUCCCGAUUAUAUUACAUAUGACACAACAUUCCCGCAGUUCAAAGGAGCCAAUCUUGGCCGUGGAUGGGAGAAGCUGUACGAAGACAACAGCGUGGGCCCAGAUGGACUCACGGCCAAGGAGCGAGAGGCCAAGGAGCUCGACGAGGCGUACGAUAAGCAGAUUGAUGCCUUGAUACAGGCCCAGAUUGACAGCAUUGGCACUCUUGAGUUGGAGGGGGAGCUAGAUGACAGGGUCGAGAGUAGGCCUACCAGCAGAGCCACAAGCAGGGCUACCAGUAGGUCUUCAAGGUCAGAGCGGUCAGUCUCCACUCUACGAUCAAGAAACGCGGCUCAGGCACUGGCAAUGGACCCGAAAGGCAGCGUACGUACUCGGUCGUCCCCAAGACUCGCUGCGAAGGCUGCUGCAAAGGCACCGCCAAAGACAACGAUGAAGAAGACCACCGAACCAUCAAACCCAUCUUCAAUGCGCCAUACAGCUGCCGUGGCUAGCUCGAGGAGCACCCUAGGCUACUCGAAGGGACGUGACGUGCUGUCUGCUCUACAAGGGGAGUCCGAACCUGCCAGGGCGAAGACGAUGACGUUAAGGAAGAAAAAGGCCGAAAAGGAGAAGGAAGCGGAGAGCAUCCUCUCGCCGGAACGGUACAUGCAGCUGUACGGUCCACCACCGUUUGGUAGCGAGAUGUGGAUGCGGUGCAAGAUUGCAGGGUACUUUGAGGAGGAGGUGAAGAGCACGGAGGAGCUGCUGGAGAUGGACGGGCUGGAUGAUGCGUAUGUUGAGGAUGAGGAGAGUGCUAAUUUCCAACUUACUCUCUGA